ACUCCAUUUGAUAAAGAAUCAAUAACGGAAGGUGUUACCGAUGAACCUACUUUACCGGUCGAUGUUCAUGAAGGAGAAACACGAAAGCCAACAGAUGCACCGGUUACUCCAGUUCGUGAACAUCAAACAGAAAGUGUUACCGACGAACCUACUACUACUGUGGAUAUGCAUAAAGAGAAAACACCAGAGGCAUCCGAUGUACCUGUUACUCCAAUUCAUGAAGAUAAAACAGUUGCUACUGAUGCUCCCACUAUACCGGUUGAUGUUCAUCAAAAAGAAACAACAAAACCCACUGACGCAACUACUGCUCCAGAUGCACUUGUAACUCCAGUUGAUGAAGAUAAAACAGAAACAGAAAGAGUUACAGAUGCACCUGUUACUCCAUUUGAUAAAGAAUCAAUAACGGAAGGUGUUACCGAUGAACCUACUUCUCAGGUCGAUGUUCAUGAAGGGAAAACACGAAAGCAAACAGAUGCACCGGUUACUCCAAUUCCUGAACAUCAAACAGAAAGUGUUACCGAUGAACCUACUACUACUACUGAGGAUUUGCAUAAAGAGAAAACACCAGAGGCAUCCGAUGUACCUGUUACUCCAGUUCAUGAAGAUAAAACAGUUGCUACUGAUGCUUCCACUAUACCGGUUGAUGUUCAUCAAAAAGAAACAACAAAACCCACUGAUGCAACUACUGCUCCGGAAGCACCUGUAACUCCAGUUGAUGAAGAAAAAACAGAAACAGAAAGAGUUACAGAUGCACCUGUUACUCCAUUUGAUAAAGAAUCAAUAACGGAAGGUGUUACCGAUGAACCUACUUCUCCGGUCGAUGUUCAUGAAGGGAAAACACGAAAGCCAACAGAUGCACCGGUUACUCCAGUUCCU